AGCUGGGUCGCGGCGGCAAAGCUCCGGCUUUAAGGUGUGCGGACACCCUGGAGAAUGACCGAGGUCGGUGCAAAUUGGCUGUAACUGCCCAUCACAGUGUCAUCUACGCCCCAUCCGAGCAAGAUCACCAAGACCUGUAUUCUUUGUGGUUGUGAACAAAUUAUUUAGCCAGAUUGAGCCUCCAUUUUCCCAGCUGGAAAGUGGAACUAAUUGUACAUAUCUACUGGGAUGUUCCUGAGUUAGGUAAUUUUGCCAUAUGACAGAGAACAUGGCAGAAGAAGAGGACUAUAUGUCGGAUUUCUUCAUCAAUGUUCAAGAAGACGUCAGACCGGGUGUGCCAAUGCUGAGGCAGACCCGAGAAGCCCGUCGAAAAGAAGAGAAGCAACAGCAAGCUAAUCUGAGAAACAGGCAGAAGAGCGUGAAAGAGGAAGAACGGAAAAGACGUGACAUUGGAUUGAAGAAUGCACUCGGCUGUGAAAACAAAGGGUUCGCUUUGCUCCAAAAGAUGGGAUACAAGAGUGGGCAGGCUCUGGGCAAGAACGGAGAUGGUAUUAUUGAACCAAUUCCUCUCAAUAUCAAAACAGGAAAAAGUGGCAUAGGUCACGAGUCAUUAUUAAAACAGAAAGCAGAGGAGAGGCUGGAAAACUACAGGAAAAAAAUGCACAUGAAAAACCAAAACGAAGCAGAGGCCACCGAGCAGUUUCGGAUGCGACUGAAGAGUAAGCAGGAUGAAAUGAGGCUCGAAGGAGACCUGCGAAGAAGCCAGCGAGCUUGCCAGCAGCUGGAUUCCCAGAAGAAUAUUCAGGUUCCCAAGGAGGCGUGGUACUGGAUGAGGCCUGAAGAGGAGACUGAGGAAGAGGAAGAGGAGAAGGAAGAGCAGGAUGAAGAUGAGUGCCCAAGUGAAGAUUUGAGUGUGCCAGAAAAACUGCACAUCCUCACUGGCUACUUACGAGAAGAACAUCUGUAUUGCAUUUGGUGUGGGACAGCCUAUGAAGAUAAAGAAGACUUAUCUUCGAAUUGCCCAGGACCAACGUCUGCGGAUCAUGACUGAGAUUGCUCCCAAUAAAGUAAAAUUGUUUAUGUGGGUAGGGAAAGGCGGCCUUUGUAAAGCACUUUAUUCUUUCAGAAAUAUGUUCUUCUUUGAAUAAAAUUGCUCACUGAUUUCGGAAGAUGUUACUGUUACUUCCAAAUACAAGUACCAUAGACAUGAACAAUUA